AUUUAAUCAAUUUUUUAUAAUGAAUUUAUUUGUGUAAAUUUUUUUAAUAGAUUUGUAUUUACAGAGAUUUUUAUUUUUUUAAUGGCUGUUAUUUUUAUAUAUAAUUCAUGACCGAAAUCUUACACAUUAUUUUGUAUUAAUAUUGUUUUAUUAACCACAAAUUCACUUGAAACUAAUAAUAAUAUUAUCGCAAACCUAUAGAAUUGUAUAAUAACCCCUUAGAUCUUAUAAAUGGUGCUAUCAUUUAUACAUCUGGUCGAGGCCUCGGUCCUUCUUCUUAAUGCGAUGGGAAUCCUGAACGAAAAAAGAGUUCUGAGGCCUUUAGGUCUUGAUAAACCUAAUUAUAGCAACACCUUUAAAAGCAAACUGUCCCUUCUUUUCCAUUCGGUUCGUACAUAUUUAAGAGUCCUUUUGAUUCUUUUGAAUAUUAUCAUAAUUACUCUGGAAUUAUUAGUAGGAUGAAUGGAAUAAUGUAAAAUAUUUUGUACUUAGUUUUGUGUAUUCUAAACUCUAACGCCUUUCAAUUUGUUAACUCGAUUAUUAUAAAUUGUCACCUUUUAAAGUCAUUUAUUCAUUGACUCUCGGAUAGGGAGGAAGAAUCAAUAUUAGUUCCUGUUCAAUUAUAAUAUUAUAUCCCUUUUCAUUAUUUCGGCACAUCUUCUUCCAACAUUACUACCACUCUUUGGACAUUAAUUCUUAAACCCAAACAUCGUUUAUAAAUUUAAUAUUUUAAGUAUUUGUA